AUGGUAUCUGUGAUUCGUGGACGAGUUGUUUGGAAUGGUGGAGCUAUGAGUGAUAGUACAAGUACAGUACCAUUGCCUGGAGUCAGGGUGUCAGAUGCUACAAAUCCUCUUUACGGUUUCACGUUAACUCGCCUUGAUGGAGAGUUUGAUUUACUUGUGAAUGGUGGUCGUACUGUCAACUUACAGUUUUUACGGAGUCCAUUUCAGAUCGCUAUUAUUCUUUAG